UUAAAACAAAUUUGUAUGCUGUAAAGGCAGAAGACAAUGUCUUGAAAACAACUUUAAUUUAGAAUAUUCUGAACACUGAAAACAGAAAGUUUGUAAAUUAUGUCAAAAUGAUUACAAGCAUAGGAGAAAAACAUAUUCAUUUUGUAAUCAUGAAGCCAAGCUGCAGAGCAGUGCAGUAAAUGGCGGAAACAUAAAAGUUCAGUCCUCAGUCCAGCUCUUAUCUCAAGUUGCAGAAGUGUGUUACACCACCCCUCACAUGACCUGCAACACACUCAGGGGGGAGCUGGCAAACAUCGAUACAGAAGAUAAGUAAUGAGACUGAGCUUGUUUGUGUGUCCUCACUGCUGUAACAACCUGUUUUAUCCCGGGACGGAAAAUUAUCAGUGAAUAAGCAUGUCAAGAGGAGAAAUCAUCAUUUUGUUUCUGUCUUUGUUGAUUGAGUCUUCACUGACUCAAAGAAAUCCAUGUGAAAGGGAGGCAGACUGCCCCAAAGACAACCAGGAAGUUUUUAGUACAUCUACGACAGAAAUCCCACGCGUCCUGAGAACAGGUGUGACAGAGGUUUUCUUUGUGGACAGCCAGAUCAAAACAAUCCCCAAAGAAGCCUUUGUUGAAAACCCCCAGCUUGAAAAGGUGGAGUUCAUGAACACUAAUACGACGUCUAUUGAGCCUGGAGCUUUUGAAGGUUUGAUACACCUCAAGCAUAUUGAGAUCUCCAGCACUCCAUUAACGUCAAUCCCAGUGGGAGCCUUUAAAGACCUCGGCAACCUGGAGUUUAUUGUACUAAAGCUAAACAAGCUCCAUAGUCUGGAGAAGGGCUUGUUUGACGGCCUUAAAAAAGUAAAACAUCUCAUGUUACAUAUCAACGAGAUUGAAUUGAUUGAAGACGGGACCUUUGAUGGUCUAGAGGAACUUGAAUUGCUCCAUUUAGCUAAAAACAAUCUCUGUGCUGUAUCUGCCGACUGGUUCUCAGACCUAAAGAAACUGCAGAUUCUCCGGCUUUAUGAGAAUCAGCUGACCAGUGUUCCGGAGGAGAUUUUUCAGAAUUUGACAGAAUUGAAGGAAAUUGGGUUGCAGGGAAACAAAAUAACAGAAUUAUCACAGAAUCUCUUUCCACAUAAAAUCAAACUAAAUAAGCUGUAUUUGGAUAGUAAUCUCCUGACUGGUCUACCGCCAGAAUUUUUCAUUGGCUUCCCUCAGCUUAAAACACUGACCCUGUUUAAUAAUCAACUGACUAGUCUACCACCAGUGCUUUUUGGAGAAAUGCCAAAAUUCACUGACUUAGGCCUCAGUCAAAAUAAUCUCAGCUCUCUUCCUAAAGGAAUAUUAGGCCCUCUGAAGAAACUCAGGAAGCUUGAUCUGUCUAAAAAUCACUUUGUCACCUUGAAUGCUGAGUAUUUUGAAGGCCCUGAUAAGCUUUUGGAGCUGAAUCUACAGCACAACGAGAUACAUUUGCUGGAUGAAGGUGUGUUUGAAAAGCUACAGUCACUGACAACACUCAAGCUAGCCCACAAUGACCUCCAAACGCUUCCUGAGGAUAUUUUUCAGCCUUUAACAAAACUCAAAAAACUUUACCUCAAUGGCAACCCUUGGAACUGUGACUGUAACCUGGUACAUCUUUACCUCUGGAUGAAGGCGAACUCUGACAAGAUUGCGUCUACUGUGGUCUGUGAGUAUCCAGAACAUCUAAAAGAUCAGGAAAUCCAAUCACUAACAAUGGAUCAACUUAUUUGCCCCACCCUUCCCUCCACAACCACUCUCUUGAUCACCACAUCUACUACAACGAUCCCAACGACAGAACCAGCAACGACAACCCUUACUACAACAACACCUCUUCCUACAACACCAACCACCACUUUGCCACUCCCUAUAAUGCCUCCCACAAUGACCACGCUCACCACCGUACUCCCAACCACAGAACCAAUCACCACCAUCCUCACAACCACAACUCCAACAACCUCUUUGCCAACUACAACUAUAUCAACCACUACUGUCUCCACCACGGCACUAGCCACAACAACCACAACAACACCAACAACCACGCCCACAACCACUAUGAGCACAGCUAUAGCCACCACAGUCAUGACCACAAUAUUAACAACUGCACCCACAAGCACAAUAAUAACAACUGCACCAAAAAUGCAUUAACACACAAAAGUAUUGAAAUUGUUUUAUUUAAACAAGCAGUGAUUUCUAGACAUUUAUAUGGGCAGGAUGAUGAACAUACUGUGAUUACUAAAUAGUCAAUAGAUAACAGGAUUUUUAAUCACUAGUGUGUUGUGUGAUUAUGUUGACUGUGCCAACUCAGUUUGUGGAAUUUCCAGAAGAACAAAACAAAGUCCAGACUGAGUACAUUUAAAAGUGGUCAUGGUGAAGGGAAGGAGGCACAGCAUGAUAUUGUGAUACAUGAUUACUGAAUAAUGUUUGAAACCUCUAGCUAAAAUCCAACAAGUCCCUCUGCUUGCAAUUACAGAUACCAGACAAAACAAAUGUUCAUGUAUGCUGGAAUGUAUGUCUAAUUGUUGUCUGACAAUAACAAUGUUCUAGUAAGGAAGUUAAACAAAACAUAAUCAACAAACUAGAGAUGAAUGCAUUUGAAAUGGAGGAAAAUUGUGCACUUUAAAAAUGUUUGCUUUUUACUGCUUUUCCUGAUGUGGAAACAUACAUAUUUUCACAAUGAAAACAUGUUUACAUACCCUAGAGUAUGGUAACAUAUGUGCAUGAAUGAUGCAUUCAAGCUUAUAAAAACAUCUGUUACUGCACUAGGUGAAUAACCUUAUAUACGUAGUACAUCGCAUGUACUGCUUAGAGUCAUCAUCUAUCAAAUUUAAAACAAAUUUUGUAUGCUGUAAAGGCAGAAGACAAUGUCUUGAAAACAACUUUAAUUUAGAAUAUUCUGAACACUGAAAACAGAAAGUUUGUAAAUUAUGUCAAAAUGAUUACAAGCAUAGGAGAAAAACAUAUUCAUUUUGUAAUCAUGAAGCCAAGCUGCAGAGCAGUGCAGUAAAUGGCGGAAACAUAAAAGUUCAGUCCUUGCUCUUAUCUCAAGUUGCAGAAGUGUGUUACACCACCCCUCACAUGACCUGCAACACACUUAGGGGGGAGCUGGCAAACAUCGAUACAGAAGAUAAGUAAUGAGACUGAGCUUGUUUGUGUGUCCUCACUGCUGUAACAACCUGUUUUAUCCUGGGACGGAAAAUUAUCAGGUAGGGAAAUAUUUCGGCAUUUCGGCACAGCACACAGAUUUAGUGAGAACUUGACACUGUAAAACUUUUUAUAAUGUUCCUGACACUUGAGCAUUUAUGUAUUAUCACAAGAAAGAGAAGAAAAAUCAUAUAUUAAACUAUACCUGUUAACUGUA